AUGAAAGUUUUAGGUAAAGAUGAACUAAUAACGAAAUUUGAAACUUUCGUAGUAAUAAAAAAGGAAUUAGAGUAUUCUAAAAAUAUAGAUAAACAUUUAUACCAUAAUUUUUGCUUAAAAAGGGAUGAUGCAUUUAAAGAUAUUUAUGAAAAAUACUUUAUGAAAUUGAUUUCAGAUAAAAUUUUGUACAAAAGUGUUCAAAAAUAUAUUGUUAAUACAUGCCCACAUCUAGUUCCGAAAGAAUUAUAUAAUGAGGAUUAUAAUAAUUCUAGAGAACUAAUUAGUAAUAUUUCUGAUAAGAUUGUUAAUUUUAUUAAAGAAAUAGAUAUAUAUAAUUUUGAUAGCAAAGAAAAAAUUCAAAUUAUUGACAUUAAUUGUGAAAAAUUUGUUGAUCUCUACGUAAUUAUGAACUACGGAGAAAAAAAAUGUGAAGAAAACAAAAUUGAACAUAUAUUAAAGUUAUUAAGAAAUUUGCAUAUUACAAAUUUAAUUUCAAUUGAACAAUAA